GAUUCCGUGAGCGAGAAAAGGAACACAGAGAAAGAGAGGGAGCGCACAAAGCAGAGAUCGGGACAGAACACUGAGACUAGUGGUAGUUUGCGAGACUGAGAGCUGAAACACAAGCGUGAGCAAAGGAGUGGAAGGAGGAAGAGAGAGAGAGAGGAGGUUGAAGGCGAGCAGGAGGAGGGGGGAGAGAGGGAUCCAGGACGAUGGAGCCCAGCAGUUGGCUUCUCAGGAGAGCUUUUUCAUCCCCGCUCUCUGCAGCAGACAUGACUCUGGGCAUUGGACUGUGCUGAAAUUAGCCAGGGGGACAACACAGGACAGCAGGUCUGCAGCACACUGCCUCGGUUCAGCCUCACUGGAUGCAGCAAGGCAGCUGAUUUAUUACUGAGGUGCUGGGUGGCAGUGUGUUUGCGUGUGCGGCUCUGAGAGAGAGAGAGAGAGAGAGUGUGUGUGUGUGUGUGUGUGUGUUUAUGCAGGUUUUUUAUGGGUCCUUGUAGCGCUCUGAGCCGUCGGAGCGAUCAUUCCUCCAGCCGUGAAAUGACAUUCAGCAGGCAGCAGCUUUGUGUGCUGUAGUGGAUCUGCGGUCCUCAGUAGGAAGUGGGAGAGAGUGGGAUUUUCAGAGCUGUCAUCGAGUGUGCGCGCGCGCGUGUGUUUACAGUGCUGUUCGCUUGAGGUGAGCCAAGGAGGAUCAGCUACAUGCGGUGUGUGCGUGUGCGUGCGUUUGGGUUGUAGCAAGGGUGCAGCAAAGGCAAAGAUCCUACACAAUGCAAGGACGAGCGCAGAGCGGCUCUGAUGGCAGGGAGCGCAGGUAAAGCACAAGGAGUGCCCUGGGGGUAAGGCGGGGGACGAAGGCAGGGGACGAAGGCAGGGGGCAGGGGAGGAAGAGGCAGAGGGGGACGGAGCGAGGCAAGUGGAAAAGAGAGGGUGAUCAUGGCUGUCACACAGUGAGCUAUAGCAUAUGCCGUAGCGCAGAGCAGAGUGGUGCGGCAGGGGGAGGACAAGCAUCGCUGCACAGGGGAGGGGGGAGAAGGGGAGAGACUGAGGGAGAGAGGAGGGGGGAGGCAAUCAGCUCAGCACCUCUCCUCCGCCUUAGGGGAAGCACAGCGGGACGGGCCCAGGAGAAGACGCUCACUCUCUGUGUGUUAUACACAGUCAAAGACGCGCUGACGAUCGGCCAGGUCAACGUGUAGAGGUCAAAAAGGGAGCUGCUGCUUGGGACCGGGUUGGGUAUACCCGCAACCGCUGGCCGGCAGUGUCCACGAGAGCACAGUCCGGUGUCCUGGGAGGAAGAGGAGGAGGAAGAAGAAGGAGUCCGCCGGAGAAAGAGGGGUCGGCUCCCCAAGUCCCGUUUAUUCUGAGAGCCCUGCAACCUUUCCGUCACCAUGGGGGAAUGGACCAUUUUGGAGAGGCUGCUGGAGGCGGCUGUCCAGCAGCACUCUACCAUGAUUGGAAGGUGGCCAGAAAAAGGAGACCAAAGGGAUGUCCGUGUUGCUCUGUUUCUGCUGGAUUUGAUCCUGCUGACAGUGGUGGUGAUUUUCCGUAUCCUAAUAGUAGGCAUAGUGGGGGAGAAGGUGUACGAGGACGAGCAAAUCAUGUUCAUCUGUAACACCAUGCAGCCCGGCUGCAACCAGGCUUGUUAUGACAAGGCCUUCCCCAUCUCGCACAUCCGCUACUGGGUCUUUCAGAUCAUCCUGGUGUGCACGCCGAGCCUGUGCUUCAUCACAUAUUCUGUUCACCAGUCUGCUAAAGCGCGUGACAGAAGCUACUCCCUCCUGCAUCCUUACAUGGAUCACCACGGUCACGGUCACCACGGCCGCCAUCAUGACCAUCACGCUCGCAAGCUUCACUCUCGCAACAUCAACGGCAUCCUGUUGCACCCCGACAGCAGUAAGGAGGAUCAUGACUGCCUGGAGGUCAAGGAGAUCCCCAAUGGACCCCGGGGGCUCCCUCAAACACACAAGAGUGCUAAAGUGCGACGGCAGGAAGGCAUCUCCCGUUUCUAUGUCAUCCAGGUGGUGUUCCGCAACGCACUGGAGAUCGGCUUCCUGGCUGGCCAGUACUUCCUGUACGGUUUCAAUGUGCCAGGGAUGUUUGAGUGUGAUCGCUACCCAUGCGUGAAGGAGGUGGAGUGUUACGUGUCUCGUCCCACGGAAAAGACCGUGUUUCUGGUCUUUAUGUUUGCAGUGAGCGGCAUUUGUGUGCUGCUCAACCUGGCUGAGCUUAACCACCUUGGCUGGAGGAAGAUAAAGACGGCCAUGCGAGGGGUGCAGGCCCGAAGGAAGUCCAUCUGUGAAGUCCGCAAGAAGGAUGUUUCACACCUGUCCCAGACCCCAAACCUGGGCAGGACCCAAUCUAGUGAGUCAGCCUACGUCUGACAGAGGCUCCUCUGCCUGGGGGCUCGAGGACCUCUUAAAUUUUGGAGAAGAGCUUUUCCUAGGCCCAGGACCUCUGAUCAUUAGGGCACAAAAAUCAUCACUGCAUUAUUAUUCAGGAGCACAGACGGACUCUGUGCAGUCGUGACAAAGCAUCAAUUCACCAAGUAGAGUCUUUGACACUUCAUGAGGGCAGGACCACCCUCCUAACAAGGCUACUGUCUUGCUGUAACAAAGGUUACACAAAAAACUUACAUGAUGCCUAGGUGACACUAGGUGCCUUCAAAGAACCCAACAGACAAAAAUGAGCAAUUACUAAUAAUAUUAAAAUACUGUAAAGAUAGUCUGAGGUUGAGUCAUUUUCUUCAUUAUUUGCCUUUGCUGUAGGUCAGAAAUAAUCCCCUAAUUUUCCAAUUAUGUGUGCAUAUGCAAAAAGCUUAAGCGUGUGCAUGCAUACGCAUGUGAGUGGGGGAAAAAAAGCCAAUGAAUGUCUGACUUAAGUCAGAAAAUUCAAUGCUAAGCUAAUCUGAGCUUCUGAGAGAAAGAUGAUGUUAUUUGUCACUGUCCAUGAUCUUCGAGUAAAGUCACUCGAUGGACAAACAAGCACCUUUUUAAUCAUGUUAUAAGAAAUUCCCAAGGAGUGAAACACAAAAAACAACAGCACUAAAGCUUUCAGCAGGAACUGGAACACAGUAUUUGUUGUCGGUGUACCAGGCUUUUUUCUUAAAAUACGCCACUCUUGUUCAUAUUCUUAGGUGCCAAUCAUACGGCAGACUGACAUUGCCUGGGAGCUUUUGUUCUAAGUGAGACACAUGGUGCAUUGAAGAUGAGUUAGAUUAACUUUUCAACACUGUGUCACGCACCACAAUGCUCUCAAUGCCUGCAAGGCACACUGUUUACUCCCAGAACCAACUGAGAACAGUCAAGAAAAGUGUGCCAGUGUUUCCACUUUGGCUCAUUAAGUGUGAUCGCUGUCUGAGGGGCUGAAUGGAGUUAUAUAAAGAGUUUUUUCAUUUGAACAGGAGAAAGUAUUGUAGUCACAAAUAUUUUAACGUGUAACCUCAAGCUUUUUUUCACAAGCUGAUUUGGUGCCAUAUUUCAAAAUAUGUGUACAUAGAUAAAAUGUAAGAAUUACACUUAGCCUUUUUCCCGAUGCGAUGUAGUCGGCCUUCACUGGGAUGAGGAAAAUGGGUUUGGGUGGUAAUGAAGAUUAAUCAUAGAUUGCCAGCUUUAACAAUAUAUAUUAUUAAUGUGCCCUUUGUUAAGCCUUUGUCCUCUAAUGGAGACUAUAUGUUCCGAAAAGCCCCCCCCCUCCCCCCGCUCCCCCCAUGGACUUUGAAAAAGGCAUGUUAUCGAAGCAUUAAUAGAAUGGAUAGAUUAUGACAUGUAACUUAAAAAAGAGACUGUUUUAUUUAUUUGCAUCCUGCUCCUGUGAAAUGUAAUACUCAGCAUGCAUGAAGAUGAAAACUAUAAAGAGAUAUGAACAUAGAAUCCCAUUGGCGGGAAUAUUGAAAGUGAAUACCUGAAAGGCUCCAGAACUGCAGCAAUAAUAAUAUAAAGUAUGUGAAAAAAAUAUGUGAAUAAAUUAUUAUGCAAACAGAGA